AUGAUAAAAAUUCUCGCUGAAAAACUUAAUAUUAAGACUCAGAUAACAAGACCCCAAGUCGAUCUCACUAUUGAAGAAGAAGUUACCAUAACCGUUGAUAUCGAUGGUGAACUAAAAAAAUUAAAGUUGAAAAAGUCAUAUAAAUUGAAACGAGUAAGAGAAGAACUUGAGACAAAUAAAUUUAUAGAAAUAAGAGAUGAAAAAAUUGUUUUUAUAGAACGUGGAGGCGAAAUAAUCACAAUUAAAAGUGAAGAAAAUCGCAGAUGUGCAGAUAUCCUGGACGAAGAAGAAAAAAAAAUCUUUCUUAAAAGACUAGAUUGGCGCAUAUUAGUAAAUAUAUUCAAUCUUGGAAAUGGACGUACUUUCACAUAUGAAGGAACCGACGAAGCAAAUAGAAGUAUUAUCGCAUAUGAUGAAACCGACGUAGCAAGUAGAAGAGCACUUAUUAUUGAAGAUUGUAAACUACUUCUUUCUGAUGGCUUUCUCACUGAUAGGAAGCUUGGUAAUGUACGGUUGACAAUCAUAAAAGCUACACCAACAGAAGAAUUUAAAACUGCAAUAAAGAAUAAUUUAGUAUGCAUAAAUAACUUAGAAACAAUCAAAGAUGAUUUUGGAUGUUUCAUUCCCAAUAUAGUUGAAUUCUAUGGUGAUUUUAGAAAAUGGGAGAUUUGCUUUCAAAAACCUUUUAAAUCCAUAUUUCAUUAUCUAGACGAGGAUUUGCAAACUUAUAUUAAGAAACUGUCUGGAAAAAAGAUAGUCUAUGCUGGUGAACAAAAACUCCAACGUAUUUACAAUGAUCAUAGCCGAAAUUUAUUACUUAUGCUACCAAUUCCUCGAGAGAUUUCUAAAAAUUUUCACAAAGACUGUCAAAUUUUUGCAACAGUUUCUAACAUCGAAGAUAGUGAUAUUUUCACUUUCAGGUUAUUCGCUGCAAAUACAUAUUAUGGAAUAGCUAUUCAUUGUAUUCAGCUCAAUCAGAGAAAUGAACCAAAAAAUUAUCACAUUUUGAUACGCUGGAUAGUUGUUGGGUACGAUCUUGAUUUUAAUUAUUCAGCAUCGGAUUUUAAUUUCCGUCUUCAAAGUUUUAAAAUAGAAUUUAAUCAAAACAAUAUUCUAAAAUCAAUUAAUAACCAUACAUUUGAAAUAUACGAAUGGAAACUUUCAGAGUCCAUUAAAUAUGAUUUUUUAUUGGGUGUACCCGUAUUUAGAAUUUUGAGAAAGAGUUAUGAUUCGCUAGUUAUCGGUAAUCAUUUUUGCCGGUACAACGACAGGAUCAAUACAUAUAUUUAUGGUUAUGAUUUAGGCGAGGCAAAAUAUUCAACAUGCAAAACUUUACCAAAUUUUGAAUUCAAUUUUCUUUAUUUCUUGGACCCUCCUUAUGAUGCUAUAUUUAAUAAAUUUCCUAUUAUGCAUUCUAGUAAUAAUAUAUCAGAAGAGAUUCAAAAAAUUGGUAUUAAUCCGAAUUCAAAAUUUGCUAACUUAUAUUCAUCUGAUGAAGCUCCAAAUUUUAUUGGCCAAAUUAAGGAGGAAUUUAUUAUGGAACACCUUAGAUGUGGCUGUGAAGGUCGCGAAUGUGAGAUUUCAGGACAUUUUAGUAAAAACGCAACUUAUGAGGCUGAAUAUUUUAGUCCAAGCAUUACCUAUGAAGUUCAUAAAAAUAAUUACCUUAUUUGUUGA